AUGAAAAGAGGAAAGAACAAGAAAUUGAAGGUUGAAUCAGGUAUAUUUAUUUCAAAAUCAGAUGUUUACAAAAGAGAAGCAACUAAAAACCAGAUUAAGAAUAGGGAAAAAAAAUGUGGAAUUAAGAAAAUGAAAAUUGAAGAAACAGAUCAGUUUGACACUGAGAUAAACUUAGAGUCUAACGUAAAAAUUGAUGAAUUUACUGGAAAGCAAAGUAAAAUCAUCGUCAAACUCUGUGGAAAUUUAAGUGACAUAAAAAAUCCAGAUGACAGAAAUAUAGAAAACUACGAAGAUACUUCUAGUGAACAGAAUCAAAAAAGAAAAUGUAAUAAAAAGGUACUUAGCAAGAAGGAGAAAAAGGAACUUAUUAAAAUAUCAAGAAACAUAGGGUCACCUAAAAAUACAAAAGAUCUAGAAAUUAGUUUACACAGUGACAGUGACAUUAUAGACUGA